AUGUCUGCCGACCCUUACGCCUACCAACAGCAGCCUGGUGCUGAGGCAUACCAGCCAUACGAACACCAGGGGGCCCAACAGGGGACUUACUAUAGCAAACCAUGGCAUAUCACCAAGAUUGUUAUGAGAUGCCUUAAUAUCACAUUUAGUGUGGUCCUUAUUGCACUGGUCGCCUACCUCGCAACCCUAACAGCAUACGGUGCGCUCGUUUUAUUUUUCGGUGGCCUUAUUGCUUGUUGCGGGGCUGCCCUUGCUGUUAUCUGGGAUAUUGCAGAGUUCAUCACGAUUUGUGCGAGAGGUGGCCGUAAGGGAAUACACCCAGGAGCCCACGUCGCCCUGCAUCUUCUCUUCUGGCUCUGCUUCGCCGCCACGACCGCAAUCCAGUGCAUCCACCUCUUCGUCAGGGAUGAAUUCGACACAUACCGCUUUACGAGGACGCAGAGGUCAUUCUUUAGGGAUACGAUCAUCCCUUUGCAGAAUGCCGUUGCCGCCUUCACCAUCUUGUUGCUAAUCAGCCACUUUGUUCUCUUCGUUCGGGCCUGUGUCGAGACCGCCCGGCGCAACAAGCGACCAGCCGUGAUCAUGGUUCCCGUUACCGCACCCACCCCCACGCCGAACCAGAUGGCCAACGGAUCGUACCCAUCUUACCCGAACCAGCCUCAACCGGCGUACUAUCCUUACCAGCAGGAAAAGGGGCACAUUGCGGAUGACACUCUUUCGGAGUUGCAAUCCCCCACCCCACAGGAUGGAGCGUCCUACAGCCACACCGGCCAAGCACGUUAG